AGCACGAAAUUUGUUUUGUUUUUGUUGAACACGCAGCAUGCUGCGUGAGUUGAUUUAUAGAUUAAAUUUUUUGCUGAAAUUUCAAUCUUCAACUUGAUCUUCAGAAAUAAUACAAAAUGAGUAAUAAAAUGAAUAAAGUAAAGUUAUCCAAGGGUAUUUUGGAGAUGAAGUUUAUGUCCAGAACUCGAGAAAAACUAGAAAAGGAGAAAGAUGACGAAGAAGGCAGGGCGCUUUAUAAGAACGAAAUUACUGAUAAGAUGUUGCACGAAUCCUCAAAGUAUAUAAUUGAGACCAGCUAUGUACCUUGCGAGGAUUUAAUCGAGGGCAGGGUAAGCUACGGAGGAAUGAACCCAGAAAUAGAACGGCUAAUAGAGUUGGAGAAAAAUCAGGACAUGGCUCAGCUAAUUGAGAAGCAGCGCGCCGAGGCGGCGGAACGGCAAAAGAUGCGAACGGACGUGCCCGACGAGGAGAUGGCCGAGUUCUACAGCAGUGUUGUGGGGACCAUGAAGCGGAAGUUCGACAACCGCAGAGGCGCCGGUCCCAGUAUUCUACCCCUGAACAUCAAACGAAUGAAAGGCAACACUAUGCUGAGACCGAUUGAUGAUGACGAUUGAAGUAAAUUUAAGUUAAGAAAGAUUUUAUUUACGACAAAUAUAUUCUCAUAACUUUUCAAAAUUUGAAA